UUAGCAGAAUUAGAAGAAAUUCGAGAUACAAAACUUUUUCAAUUAUUCGCCGAUUUUCAAGCUCACUGUAGAGGUUGGCUUGCUCGAAAAGAUCAUGCAAAACGUAACGAAAGACUUCGUGCAGCUCUUAUUAUUCAAAAAAAUAUUAGAGCACUUAAUUCAUUAAAAGCGAACCCUUGGUGGAAACUGUUUUUAAAGAUCAGACCAACCUUAAAUUGUACUAAAGUUGAAGAAUUACAACGACAAAUUCGACUUAGAGAUGAUAAAAUACGUGAAUUAGAAGAAAAAUUACUUCAAGAAUCUGAAGCCAAGAAAAAAUUGGAAUCUUUAAAUUCUCAACUUUAG